UAAAAUGUCAGAUUUUCACGUUACUACCUGUCAUUUCAAAGUUAUUUUUUUUAUUCUACUUAGCUUAGGAUAAACAUUACGAUUACAUCAUUUUAAAGGCAUAUUAAUUAUCUUAUCAAUUUCGUUUCGAUUUUUUGAUUGUUAGAUAUCUAUUCAUGAAACAUAUUUAUUCUAAUGUAUUUCAAACUGCCCAUUCCUAACGAACAUAAAACCUAAACCAAAUCUAAUAAUGGCCCCAAUACAGCAAAUUCUUGUUUAAAAGAUUUCGUUUCAAUAGAUACUAUUAUUUUUAAAAUUGAAACUCUUGGCUGUAAAUAAAUUCGUAUAUAUACCGUCACUUUUACCUUAGUUACAUUUGAAAGUAUUUCAACUUUCUUGAAUUUAAUGUAGUUUCAUUAUGUCUUGUGAAGGAUGUAGUAUACGAUUUCCUGUUAUACAGUUCCGUAAAAAGAGAAAAUGCAAUGAUUGUGGUCUCUUAUUUUGCCAAGACUGUGCUUCGACUAAAGGAAAGCUCUAUCAGUGUUACCGAUGUAAAGUGUUCACCUGCGUGCCUUUAAAUUUUGACGAUGUUGAGAAAUUAAAGUUAAAAGAUUUGCAAUGGUUUUUGGAGACAAAAGGAAUCACUAUUCCUGCCAGUGAUAGCAGAGAAAAGCCAGUUUUGGUACAAUGGGUGAUGAGUUAUUCCCAAAGUAUAUCUGCUCAACCACAAAUGUACACUCCUCUCUAUCCCACCUUAUUCCCCCAAGGUCAAAGUAUUAGGGGUCUUUUUGGACCCCAGGGGGUUUCUUCUAGCUCAUCUAUACAAGUCCCACGUGAGGAAAUUAAUUCUAGCAGUCGUGUUGAAUUAGCUCAAGAACCUAAAGAAGAAAAAUCAAAUACCAACAAUGCUGGGAAAUACCAAAUUAUAGAUUUAGAAUCUGUUAACAGCAGAAAUCAUAUAUUUGAAUUGACUACAAUGGAACUGAAAGUGUUGCUCACCAGAAAUUUCAUCUCAUUUCGUGGAUGCUGUGAAAAAUCAGAACUUCAAGAAAAAGUCUGUUGGUUAUGGGAUCGUCAAGAAGCAGCGAAAAACAAAAACACGAUUCCUGAUGAAAAUUUAUGCAAGAUCUGUAUGGAAGCUAAUAUAGAUUCCCUGUUAUUAGACUGUGGUCAUAUGGUUACAUGUACAAAAUGUGGAAAACUCUUACACGACUGCCCUAUAUGCCGUCAAAUUAUUGUACGAGUUGUACGAGCAUUCAGAUCAUAAACAUUUCCAUUUUUUCUUGUAUUUAAGUAUAACCAAAGAUUAAUUGUGAUGACAAA